UUUUACAGUGUACAACACCGACAAGUGCGUUCUCUAAUAUUCUACACACUUGCACACACACACACACACACACACAAACAUAAAUUUACGCAACGUUUGUGGCAAGCAGCAGAAACGUUUGACAUUUGCAGACGAGAAGGAGAGAAAGAGCGAGACGAAACCGAGAGAGCAUCGACAAAUUCGUUCGUACACAUGGCAACCGCAGUGGCAAAAGUUGGAAAAUCAGUUCACCGCAUUUUUGUGGGCAAUCUUCCUUGGACGGUGGGUCAUCAAGAGUUGCGAGGCUAUUUCAAAGAAUUCGGGCGCGUAGUUAACGCCAACGUUAUAUUUGACAAGAAAACAGGCUGCUCCAAGGGCUACGGCUUUGUGAGCUUCAACAGUUUGCAAGCACUCGAAAAGAUUGAAAACGAACAGAAGCACAUAUUGGAGGGCAAUUAUUUGAACAUACAUAAGUCAUAAAUGCAAUACAAAAUUGUCAAACCAAAUACACACAUCCACACAGAGACACAUACACACACAUAUACACAUAAUCACUGAAAACGAGAGUAAAACAGUUUUUAGAUUAGUUAA